AUGGCGCUCGCGUGCCCGGCGCCGGUCUCACAGAUCCCUGGUCGGCCUCCCGUCCGACCCGAGGGCUCGGCAUCCGAGCCGAGCAGUAGCCAAGGGGCUGCAAGGCCGCCUCCACCGGAGGCGACAGGGUUUGGUCUCCCUGACCCACCGGAGAACGAGGGCCAACAAGAAAAGCGGUCCUACGUCGUGGAGUGGACACUGUCCGAGGACGAUUCAGCCCUCGAGAACAUUGACACGGCGCGGCAUCUUUUCCACGUUGCGCUCCUUCCAGCUGAAAAGGCGAAGAUUCAAGCUAUGAGCUUGAAUCAGUUUUUGGAGUCGACUCGCCUCUCCGCUGUUCGCAUCGAGACCUUGAUCUCGAUCGGGGCAUACUACAAGGAACGAGCUCGUCGGUGCUUACAAGCACAGGAGAAGGCUGAAAAGAACGUGGCGGAGCUCGAGCUCCACAAGAAGGAGCUCUUGCUCAUAGUGGGCACCACCGAAGACGAAGUCAAGCUCCUGUCGAUGGCGCUCGAUGAGGAGAAGGCCGCCCAUGCUCUGACUAGAUCGGAGUUGCGGGCCGCCGAGGCUCGCCUAGCCGAGGCGCGAUCCCUGCUCGUCGUCCGCGAGCAGGCAAUAAAGGGUGCAGAGCUCAAGGCCGAGGAGCUCCAAGCUCAGCUCGGAGCCCAGGAAAAGGCGGCCCAGGAGCGAGCUCAGAAUGCCGUUCAGCUCUUUCGAGAAUUGGAAGAGUUUCAGGAGCUGCUCGAGGAGGAAGCCGUGAACGGCCUUAUUCAAGGGUUCAACGACUUUCGUAAUCAACUGCGCCGGCUCUGCCCCAAUUUUGAUCUCAAUCUACUUCAGCCCGGAGCUGGAGUCGAAGGCCUCAUGGCGGAGCCAGUCGAGGCGACCGGAGAGGCAGCUCCGGAGGCCUCCUUGGAAGGGGCUGCUCGGGGAGCCACUCCCGAGAUCGCGCCCGGGGGCACUGAAGGCGGCGAGCCCGGGGCAACUGCCGAAGGGGCCGAAGCCGAGGGCGUUGAAAUCGAGCCCGGGGAGAUCUCGGCUGGUGAUGCCGCAGCAGCCGUCUCUUAA